CUCAGACGUCAUAGAUAUUAACUCACUGUGCAUAAUUUUCCACUCGGCAUUCCCCUGGCUGAAAGUGCAGUACAUUUUCGUGUACAAAUUUCAGCGGAUGAGUGCCGAGUGACUACAAACCAGGAAGUGAUUUUCUGCUUGCAAUUUUCCGUCUAAAAACCUUUAUAAAUGUGUUAUUAUGGCCGAAUUCAAUUGAAUUAUAUCAGAGUCGUAUUUCCUCCCUUCCAUUUUUAAACCCUCCACACUGCCAGAAAAGAUGAAUUCUCAAAAAGAUUUUGAUGUGAAGUACAAGGUGCUGCUGAUUGGAGAAUCAAAAGUCGGGAAAACGUCCCUCAUUCGCUGUCUCAUGGGCGAUAAUUUCAACAGCAGCUUGAUGUCAACUUAUGGCAUAGACUUCGUGAAAAAGAUCUUUGAAAUCGAUGGUGCGCGAGUGAUGCUGGAAAUAUGGGACACUGCCGGACAGGAACGAUUCCGCACAAUCACCAAGUUCCAUUUCCGCGGAACGCGAGGUUUACUCAUCGUGUACGAUAUCACGCAGAAGUCGUCGUUUGACAAGUUGACGUAUUGGAUGCAGAGUAUUGAUAAGGAAAUCGACGCAGACGAACCGCCGCCGAAACUCAUCAUCGGCAACAAGUCGGACCUGGAAGAGAUGCGACAGGUACCGUACGUAUCAGGCGAGCAGAUCGCGCGGGAGAAUUUCGAGCGUGGCUUCGAGGAGACGAGUGCCAAGGAAAAUAAGAACGUGCAUCAAGUGUUUGAGCGACUGGCGGAGAUUCUCGUUGACACGUAUAACCCGUCUUUGAUGAACAUGUAUAAGAAGAACCCAGACGGCCCUCAGAGACAGGACAAGGCGUUCGAGAGGAAGCAGAGUAUUAAACUGGACCCAAACAGUAUCAAACAAGUGAAACAGAAGGAGAAGUCAUGCUGCAGUUAACACUGAUAUUUGUGAUCUCAACUCUUACCACACCUGUACUCUAGCUAGUAUCACUGGCCAACACCUGGUAUACAUGCUUCCCGAAAUUGGUGGCUUGCAUAGGAACUAACUUUUUCCCCCUUGUCCGUCAUUGAAGGCAUUCAAAUGUGUUGGUCAACCAUGACUAUCUCCUUUGUCCCUCCACCAUAAGGCCUAGUUUCCCCUUAUGACAUCACUAUUUCGGACACUCGGCGCCCCAUUUCUGGAAAGGUGUAUAGACCUGGUGGCUGGAUUCCCUCAGUUUUGCAGGCACCUGGGGGCCCUGCACACUGGAGAUAUUCAUCACGUGCGGUGAUCACCAGGUCCCUGCAACAAUCUCAGUGCAGCACUCCAGUCAUUUGUGAUUUACCAGUAUUGAAUUGAUAACGAUUUCUUAAUAAUUGUAACCCAGGGUUUUCGUAGAACUAUAUAUUUUUGUAUAUUUUACUUAUAUAUCAGGAAACUGCUAAUCUUGCCUGUCAUCAAAGGUCGUCUUGUUUUGACUGCUUUGAAUCAGAGAGUGAUCAUAAGGUGCUAAUUUCUCUUACUUAAUUUGUUAAGAUUGGUCUCAGCUGUUGAUGUGAUAAUCAGACUUAAUAAAUUUACAUUCCAUAUUUACAUAAACAGGUAUUGUUGUUUUGAUAUUCCAUUGAAGUCCAU